GCGAGUCAUCUCUUCGAUGUCAAACUAAACUACUCAAAAAAUAUGUUUACGAAUAUUUGACAUUUACGUUAUUGUCUUUAUCUUGAAAUCCCUKAAAAUCAUGGGAUGGACUAAAGAUGAAGUGGACAAAUAUGUCGCCAAAAUCGAAAGAAAUACAAAAGACCCAACCGAGAAAAAUCUCAAGGGUUUUGCAUUUGCUCGACUAUAUAGAGAAGCCAAGGACAACAACAAAGCUAAAAGACAUCUGGAAGCUUAUUUGAGUGUGAAUGAGACAGAUUUCAGGGGUCAUAGGMUGAUGGGGCAAUUGUUUGAGGAAACAGGAAAUCUUGAAAAAGCACUGAUAUCUUACAGAAGGUCAUUAGACUUGAACAAUACCCAGCAUGAUUUGGUCCUUAAAGUUGUUGAGUUAUACUGUCAAGUUCCUGUUGACCCAGGAAGAGCAAGAGCAUGGGCAGACAGAGCUGCAAGACUUUAUCCAGGACAUGUAGCUGUUUUUAAACUCAGGAUGCAUCUGUUGGAGUCAGCAGGAAGGAUAGAUUAUGACCAAAUGGAAGACUUGAUCUCAGAGGAAUUGGCCAAGAGACCAAGAGAUGUUGAGCUUCACAUCAGACUUGUUCGGGUCUAUGCCUCAACAGGUCGUCURAUGGAUGCAUUCAAUCACUGUGUGUCUGUCAUCAAAACUAAGGCUUUUGCCGACAAUCAAGAAUGGGGACGAUGURCURUAGAUGUAUUUGAGAAAUAUAUGGCUGGUCAAGAUAAAAUGAUUCUGCCAGACAGGGAUAUCGGACCWGGACAUGUUCUUCUAGAUCUGCAUGCUCAUCUGUUGGGUGCCCUGUGUCAGCUUUURAAUCUCUACCUGAAAACAGAGUCAAUAAGAGAGUGUAAAAAUGCAUUUUACAGGCUUGAUUACUGUUUGAAUGUUGCCAAUGAGAGAAGGAUUAGACAGCUACCAAGAGCAAAUCAUAGAACAGAAUGGGACGUUGUACUCACAGAAAUAAGAGGCCAACUUUACCAUCAUUGUGGAACACUUAUUUUGAAGCUGGCAAAAGAGAACUAUAUAACAUGGCCCAGAGCACUAAAACUUGCCAGUGUUUGUUAUUUAACAUCAACRCAAGUAUCUGAACCUGAAAUCAACACUCCCUGGGUUGCCAUGGCACCUAARAACAAGGAUGCACUGAGAUGGUACCGUAUGGCAUGUCAUAGACUCAGCCACUCGGGACACAUUUUGGGUGGAGUGGCAAACAAGUAUGGAGAAGACUGGUUAGAUGAAUGCAUAUCUGAUUGGUGUACACAACAGGGACAUGACGAAAUCAUCAAUACAAUCUACAACAACCAGCAGGACCUGUCAAAGUCAUUUUUGGCCAAGGAUGAUGAUUUCUUUCUUCUUGAAUUGAAUAUCCCUUCUCCAGACCAGAUGAUCAAGUAUGAUGAAGUUUGUGUUAGUGAUAAUCCAAGAAAUCUAGAACUUAUUGUAUGGAUUGGGCUACAUUGGCACCAAUUUGARGGAAGAAUAAGGCCAGGAGUUGGAGUCAUUGUCGGUCGGAUCUUUGAUGGACUUAGAAUGGAUGCACAUAAUAUUGAGCAAACAGCUGCAGAGACAUUGUGCUUGCGGGAUCUAGAGGCCUUUCUUUAUGCUGUCAUAAGAACAUCYUCAGCAAAGCAUUUGGAAGAUCUAGAAGUAUACCGGCCUGACUAUCAACCACAGAUUCUGCCUCAGCAAUUGUGUGAGUCCCUUUCAUCGCAAGCUCAAGAACAAUGGUGGAUUGCUGCAUACAACCUUUAUACAGGAGCUGCAAGUGUUAGUCAUACCGGCAGAGUAAGAGGUACAGUGCAACGUGGUUUGGAAGAUAUUCGAGCUUUAGGAAACCACGGAUUGCAUGUACGACUGUUGAUCUUUCUGGCAUUCAACUUUGGCGAUAAGGCCUCCUACUUGAAGGGAACAGGUGCUAGUCCAUGGCACUAUGAAGAACAUUGGAAGAGUUUACAAGCCAGAGGUCUUCAUUACUGGAAAGAAGUUCUUGUCUUAUUGGAGAAAAUUGAACGAAACGAAAAUAUUCCUGUAAGAGAGAAUCCUCUGUUUGAACCUCUUCCAGAUAACUUGAAGGUGAAGUUUUGUAAUUAUCCAAUUUCCUCUUUUCCAUACUUUUUGUUUUAUUCUUUCACUGUUUCAUCUUUCUCUUUGUCCCUUUUACCCUCAUGUAUGUCAUCUAUCAUUWCCAGAAAAGURGAUAUMAAGUUCAACAUYCAGAAGGCUCGUCUUAUUCUKGGUGAAGCAGCUAUYAAGGAGGGAAGAAUUGAGGAUGCAAUGGAGAUGUUUGAACAAGUCAAGUCGACACAGGGAAUGUGGAACCUAGCACAGAUAUACAAGUACCUGGCAAACGUUGAAGUCCAGGCCGCAGCAACAGAUGACCUUGGAUCAGAAGCUCAUUCCACUUUACCUGCUCAAGAGUACUACAACUGUUUAAAUAAAGCCAGAGGUUUAUUACUGUUGUGCCUGGAAAAARUUGGUACUGAAGAGAGACAAAGGCAAAUUCUUCAAGAUGAGUUAAAUGAUAUUGAAGAUAGGCUAAAUGAAGAUCCAAAUAAGGCUCAGAAAGGAUCAAAAAAACAAUUGGAUUUUCGGCAAUUGGAUUUCCAAGCAAGUAGAAGCUCAACGACAGUGUCUGAUGUCCAGGAAUCAGAGGAUAAUUUUUGGCUUGACCAGCCACAAGAUGGAAGUUCAAAAGAUCUCAUUGCUAAAUUGAGCGAGGUGACCCUGAACAAUGGCUACUUGCAGGAACAGAUGGCUAUUCGAGACCAAUAUGUCCUUGAUCUAACCAGCAAAGUUGAACAUUUAGAGUYUGAACUUCGAGAACUAAAGCGUCAGCAAAUGUCAGGUUUCCUGAGUCCAGCAAAUAUCAAUAGYUCUCGUGACACUACCACAGCAAGUCCUAUUACUAAAGCAACAGCUGCUGCUGCUGCAAGCACAUCUCUUACUCCAACUGGUAUCCUUACAGAAAAUAGCCGUGGAUAUCCUACUGAAUCAACCCCAGUARCCAAACCAUCGGUAARAUCCCGCCUUGGCCCAAGAAUUCCAACAGGYCAACCUCAAUUACCUAAGAUUGAUUCAAACUUCUUUGCUGGCCUAAGUGAAUCAAACAGUCCAGAAAGGCGGCUAGAACAAGAACACAGCAACAAGGAAGAGGAGGAUGAGGAUGAGGACGAGCAAGGUUCAGAGCAAGUUAGUCCACGACAUUCGACCUCCUGUGAUGAUGGCAUUCACUUUGAGCCUCUUAUCUCUUUACCAAAAAUUGUGGAAAAGUUGACCGGUGAAGAGAARGAAAAGAUAUUGUUUUCCAAACGUGCUAAGUUGUAUCGGUUUGUCACAGAUGAUAAGUCCUGGAAAGAGAGAGGACGUGGAACAAUGAAAAUACUAAGUUCUGAAGAUUCUACAAGGUUCAGAAUCUUAAUGAGGCGAGACCACACAUUAAAAGUCUGUGCCAACCAUKUAAUCACGUCAGAUAUGGUGCUAAAKCCUGCCUUCGGGUCAGGAAGCAGUUUGGUUUGGACAACAAURGCAGACUAUGCUGAUGAAGUGCCCAARGUAGAGCAGCUUGCYGUUAGAUUUAAACUACCCGAGGAARCUGCUGAAUUUAAAGAUGUUUUUCAAAACUGCAAAGGUGCACUGUCAGGURUAGCUGAAAGUGACGAKAAAAAAGUCAAAUCUAAGAGUAAGGGAACAUCUCCCAGCUCUCAGGAAGGUGCKGUACARGCAUCUAGUGAAGGCAACUCAUUGUUUGAUAAGUUUACACCCACAGCUGGAAGCUGGGAUUGCAGCAGUUGUUUKGUAACUAACAGUCCUACUGCGGUAUUCUGUAUAGCUUGUAAAAGUCCAAAGGCCACGUCUUCAACACAAAAAGUUGAACCUGCAUUCAAGUCUGAAUCACCAUUUAUCUUUAGCACGAGGGGAAAAGAUGUUGUUGUAAAGCCGAAUACGAACUCAGCACAACCAUUGUUUAGUGCACCAUCAAAUAUUUCAUUUGGUCCUCAAAGUGCAAUGACCGAAAAACUURCCUCUGAAGGUAGCAUGGCAGAAAGUAAAUCUAAAGGGAGUUUUUCAUUUGAGUUUAAACCCCAACCAAGUUCAGAACAAGAAUCCAAUCAAGCCAAACCAAACAAAUCGGUUUUUGCAACGCAACCUGCUGCACCAUUUCCGUUCACAUCCACAUUUGGAUCCCCACUUAAAUUUAGCUUUGGACCAACUCAGGCACCUUCAACGACAAGUUCCGCAGUGGAGCCAACACCAUCAUCAACMGAAACACAGUAUAAAUUUCCUACUCUGUUUAGUGCAGUUAAUGCACCAAAAUCAACUGACAAGACAUCUACUCCCAAAGGACUUUUGAUCGGCAGUGCUACAGCGGAUGUAAAGACACCAGAAGGAGGAGSUGAMGUCMARGAUACRCCAUUGACAUUURGUUCAUCACCAAAUGUUGGAUUUGGUGUAAGUGAUGAUGARGAUGAAGGAAAGACUUAUGAUGGACCUUCACCCGGGUCUAGUAAACAKRCCACACCUAAAUCGACAAAAGAGCAAACGGUUUCUUCUCAAGAUCCAACUCAACCUGCUAUGGCAGCAACUGCAAUUAUGCCUCAGCUUUUUUGGCAGCAGCAGUUGGAUGAAAAGUUUAAGUUUGGAAACCUACACAAAACACAGCCAUUGGCUGGAAUGGCACCUGCCGUUGCAACUGUCAGCAGUAUUUUGUAUCCGGCAUCAUUUAUGCUAACUCAAAUGACAGGAAAGCAUUCCCCUCAAKCUCAUUUGUCAACUAUAUCAACUCYGAGCACCUCACAAGUGACCUACUCUCAACAASCAGAAGUCUUGCAAGGGAAGCCAAAAGAGAGUUUCAAUCCYUUUCAAUCUCAGAAAGGUGCCACUUUUGUACCGAGUUUAUUUCCAUCUUGUGAAGCUGCUGGAUCAGGGCAAACUGAAGAUUACGAUGACUAUUCAGAUGAUGAGUAUGACUCAGAAACAGAAGAUACAGAGAGUUAUGAUUCCAACGAAGAUUAUGAUAAAGAGGACCCAAACAAGUUUAAGAGCUUCCAACCACCACCACUAAUUCGCCAAGUUACCCCAAAGCAAAGUAGUGAUUUGCAAAAAAGCGAACGAAAAGUCUUGACAGCACGUAGCUCAUUUAAGAAAAACCAGCCUACAGAUGAUGAUUGUGUAAUUAUUUAUCAAGUAGAGCCAUCCAAGACUGAUUAUGAUAAAGCAGCAAGGCUGCURCUGCCAACAAAUUUCUUUAACUUUUCUCACWUAGCGGCUUGUCAAGGUUGUUUGGGUUGUGAUACAAAGCGUUCCAGUUUAACACCAAAGAAAUUGGAGGAACCAGCAGCAUCUCCAAGUCAAUCCAGCGAAAGCUCUAAAAACACGGGAAGUUUGYCCAUCUUUGGUGGAUCAGGAAAGAAUGUGYUAUCUUUUUCCUCCUUUGCRACAUCAUCAAACUGGGCAUCGAAAAARGCAGAUUCUUCACAGCGUGCUUUCCCAAUGGCAGGUCAGCAACUGUUCUCAACAAAUGAAGAUGAAGAAGUAGACCCAUCAGAAGAAGUUGACAUUCAUUUCAAACCAAUCAUAUCUCUUCCUGAACUCAUCGAGAGAAAAUCUGGAGAAGAUGAUCACACUUUGCUGUUUUCAGAAAGAGCAAARCUCUACAGGUUUGAUGCACCAUCUUCCAUGUGGAAGGAAAGAGGAAUUGGAGACAUCAAGCUCCUUCUUGACAACAAAAGCGGACGUGGAAGAGUGGUCAUGAGAAGAGAUCAAGUUCAUAAACUCUGUGCAAAUCAUUGGGUUACAAAAGAUAUGUUACUUAUGAAUAAUUCGACGUCUGAACGCUCCUGGAUGUGGCAAACGCUUUCCGAUUUUUCAGAAGAGAAACCAUCACAGGAGAAGCUUGCUGUUCGUUUUAAAAGUCCAGAGAGCGCCAAAAAGUUUAAGGAAGUCUUUGAUGAUCUAAUUGCUAAGGCCAAGCUUUCUCCACCAACAACUGAGAACAAAAAGCCAAUACAACCWCCACUUUUAAACAAAAUAACUGGACCGUGGGAUUGUGAUGCUUGUUAUUGUCCGAACACAGAAAAAGUUGUCAAAUGUGUAGCUUGUGGCUCAGCAAAACCUACAGUGAAAAGCGACGAUAAGUCUGGUUCAGACAACGUAACAAAAGUUGAAUCCAAGCCAGUGUUCACCAUAGGACGAGGUAGUGGUCCUGAAGAUGAUUUGGAAGAGGCAGAUUACAUGACCAGUCCUAGCAAAACGUCGCCUUCAAAAUCAUCACCUUCCAAGGCAUCCGCGCCAAGUUUUAAUCAAGGUCAGUCCUUAUUUGGGUCAGGCCUGGGAUCACUCAGUUCUGGAAAAUUUAACUUUAGACUUGAGUUAAAGCCAGAUGAUGACAGCAAUAAGAGUCCUGCUAAAAGUCCUGUAAAACAUCAAGUCAAGUCUCCAAAGUCCCCACAAUCACCAGGAUCACCCAGCUCACACCCCGAAGCUGAGGAUGAUGGUAUACACUUUGAACCACUCAUUUUCCUUCCCAAAUUGACCACUAAAACGACUGGUGAAGAAAACGAAGAGACCCAGUUUUGCCAAAGAGCAAAAUUGUUCCGCUAUGAUUCUGAAGGUAAUCAGUGGAAAGAACGUGGUCUAGGUGAAGUGAAAAUUUUGAGCAAUACCAAAUCUGGAAAAUCGCGAAUUUUAAUGAGGCGAGAGAAUGUAUUAAAGAUAUGUUUAAAUCACCAAAUUACCCCAGAAAUGGAGCUUAAACCAAAAACAGAAAAAUCAUGGGUCUGGAAUACUCUGGCAGACUUUGCCGAUGAAGUUCCCAAACCAGAAACAUUGGCUAUUCGUUUUAAGAACUCUGAAAUUGCAUUGGAAUUCAAAGAGGCUUUUGAAAAGGCUAAAGCUUCUCACACUGGGAAUUCAGAAACCCAACCAAAAACAAACUCAAAACCCGAAGUUGAGGAGAUGUUGUUAAAGGAUCACACACUUUCUAAAAACCAAAGUACAACUGAAAACGCACAAUCAUUUUGCUCAGAACCAGAUGGAAAAACACCAGCAAAAAAAGAAUCUACAUCGCCAUCAACAGGUUUCCUGUUUGGGUCUUCACAGAUCUCAGCACURUCAUUUUCAUCUGUAGCAGCUAAUCUUAAAUCAAGCCCUGGUUUUACAGAGAAAAACAAAAGUUCAGAUUUUSACGGAAAAGGGUCUGAGCUCUUCACCAGUUCUGAAUCUCCAAGAAAAGAUAGUGAAAGCGAAGACCAUCAAGGCAAUGACCCACAUUUUGAACCARUUAUUCCUUUACCAGAGAAAAUUGAAGUUAAAACUGGAGAGGAGGACGARGAAGUUAUGUUUUCACACCGGGCAAAGCUUUAUCGGUUUGACAAAGAUAUCAAACAGUGGAAGGAGCGUGGUGUUGGUGACAUCAAGAUACUGUACCAUAAUAAGAAUGGUCGUGCUCGUGUCCUGAUGAGAAGAGAUCAAAUCCAUAAAAUUUGUGCAAAUCAUUACAUAACAAAAGAAAUGAUUCUGGCACCCAAUAAUAACUCUAACAAAUCAUUUGUAUGGAACACUUUAGCUGAUUUUUCUGAUGAAGAAGUGAAAGCAGAACAGUUAGCCGUGCGAUUCAAGUUGGACGCCACUGCACAGGAAUUCAAGAAAAAGUUUGAAGAAUGCAAAGAAAAAGUAGUUUAUAAUCAAAGUCCUGAAAGCAAAACAAAUGCCAAAACCAAUGCAUCAAGUCAAGAAAACAGGAAAAGUAGCACAGGUGAUAAACCAGAAUCUGUUCAUGAUGGCAAUGCUGAUUCUCUCUUGGAUAAAUUUAAGCCUAAACCUGGUAUAUGGGAUUGUGAAGUUUGYUGUAUCCCCAAUAAACCCACAUCAUCURYUUGUGYUGCAUKCCAGUCACCAAACCCUGGGUCCACUCAAGAGCAAUCGUCUGAUGAUGCCAAGAAGCAGUCCACAUUUGGUGUCCCACUAAAGCCCCCACAAAGUACAGGGUUUAAAUUCAACUUCGGAAGUAURUCGGGUUUARAUGCAGAAKGUAAARCAUCAAGUGCUCCUGAUACAAAAGCACCUUCAAAUUCUCAGCCAACAGGAUUUUCUUUUGUCUCGUCAAGCAGUAACGAACCAUUAAGCUUUGGAGGCUCAACCUUUGGUUCCUCUGAAAGUGAUUUAAGUAAACCAACAGUUGGAUUUGCAUUUCCUAAACCAACUGGAUUUUAUUUUGGGRAAUCUAAAGUCGUUGAUCAAACUAAACCACCGGKUUUCUCUUUUGGUUCRUCCACAAAUGCCAGUGAAAGUGAAACUUYGGCAACUGAUCCACCACCAGUUAGCUUUGGAAGUAAAGAGGCACCUAAGCCAACUGGGUUUAAUUUCACUACAGGAGUAAAGCCAGGCAGUUUUACUUUUAGUUCAGCAAAUCAACAUUCUGAAACACCAGAAAAGCAACUUAACCAAACCAAAGACAAURGAGARAGUGAGGCUACUGUAAUUGCUGAUGCGGWUCAGGAAUCUCUGAUGGAAAAAUUUCRACCCAAACAAGGAGCAUGGGAAUGUGAUGUUUGUUUGGUUCAAAACAAAGUUGGGAGUGUGGCUUGUGUAGCCUUCCAGAACCCAAAAUCAGGCUCAGAAGCAAGUCAGGCCUCUUCAAGUAGACUGCCGACUGUUAAUUUUGGAGGCUCGAAUUCAACAGGCKUUUCAUUCGACUCUUCAAAGACUAAAGGUCAAAGUCCAUUCUCCUUUGAWUCUGGGUGUUUGUUUGGUAACAAUCCACUUAAUAACAUGUCAAGCCAGCCAGAAAAAGCUGAYGAGAGCAAUCAAACCAAAGACAAUAGAGAGAGCGAGGSUACUSUAAUUGCUGGUACGGAKCAGGAAUCUCUGAUGGAAAAAUUUCAACCCAAASAAGGAGCAUGGGAAUGUGAUGCUUGUUUGRUCCAAAACAAAGCUGGGAGUGUCGUUUGCAUAGCCUGCCAGAACCSAAGACCAGGCWUAGAAACAAGUCAGGCCCCUUCAAGUAGUCUGCCGACUAUUAGUUUUGGAGGUUCGAAGCCAACAGGUUUUUCAUUUGACCCUUCAAAGAGUAAAGGKCAAAACCCAUUCUCCUUUGGUUCUGCGUUUUUAGUAGGUGACAAUCCACUUAAUAACAUGUCAAGCCAGCCAGAAAAAGGUGCUGAGAGCAACAAAGAAUCRAAAGGCACCAAGGCAGAAGAUGUAAAACCAACAGAAGUAUCAUUUGGCAAAGCUAGUGUUGAUAAUACAGAUUUAGACUCCUUUAAACCACAGUUUGUAUUUGGGAAAUCCAUUACAGAAACAUURCCUGAAAAAAAUGUUAAAAAGUCACUUGAUCUUUCUGAAGGAGCCAAGGGAGAUGCUGACUCCACGGGCUCUCCAGAAAUUGAAGCAAUUUAUUGCUCGGCAUUUGACAAUACAUCAGAGCCAAGUAAUAAUGUCCCAAAUGAUUCRAAGCACAUGCCAGACACAAACAAAAUUGAUCCAACUAUUGUCACAGUUGUUGAACCUAGCAAUGAAGAAAAAGAACGUGCUCAAAGUCUUCUUCUACCAGAGGGAUUUUAUCUGUAUGAACGACAGCCUACCUCUAAACCAAAGGACGAGGAGGGGAAAGCGUURAAAUCAAAGCAAGAUGUUCUACAAGCUAAAUCAAUUGGGAAAAAGAAACAAGACGUUGAAGUUCCUAAAACWGGGGUUUUUGGAUCAGCAUCAUCUUCUUCAUUUUCCUCAUUUGCAGAUGUAUCACCUAGUCAAGGUUUCCAUUUUGGUUCCAGYAAAUCAAAGGGAUUUACAGGCCAAGGUUCACAGCUGUUUAGUUCAAGCCAGGGCGGUGAUGAGGAUGAAAACCCAAGUGARGAACGUGACAUUCAAUUUGAUCCUAUCGUUAACCUUCCUAAAGUUGAAGUAAAAACAGGAGAAGAAAACGAAGAAAUAGUCUUCAGUCAUCGUGCCAAAUUGUACCGAUUUGACACAUCCAGCUCAACAUGGAAAGAGCGAGGAGUCGGUGACAUAAAGAUACUUAAGCUUAAAGAUGCUGAUAAAUUCAGAGUGCUCAUGAGGAGAGAUCAAAUUCGUAAACUUUGUGCAAACCACAUCAUUACAAAAGACAUGAAGCUAGUACCUAAUAAUGCAUCUGAUCGGUCAUGGGUGUGGAGCACAACGGCAGAUUGGUCUGAAGAAGAACCAUCUCCUGAACAGCUUGCUGUAAGGUUCAAAUUGCGAGACACAGCAGAUAAUUUCAAGAAAGUUUUUGAAGAGUGCCAGCAAUUAAUGUCGGAMAAAACAGCAAUAAAAGAUUCUGAACAAACCACUAUAAAUGAUGUUGAUAAGUCAUUUGACGACACAAGAGAUAAAGAACUCCCAUCUCGUGCUUGUAAAGAGAUUUCUAAAGAGAUUGGAAAACAACUGUCACAGGCAGGAGAGAUCUUCAAAACUCCUUUUGCAAAAGCAGAUCAACCAACAUCAACUUCAGAAGGCCAUUGGGAGUGCACGUCAUGUUACRUAGUGAAUAAACCAGCACAGACGAAAUGUCUGUCAUGUGGUGAAACAAAUCACAUCRAUGUUGAAAGGUCAGCGAGUGUGAUAGAUAAACAGACACCAGAURCGACAUCUAAUGACCAUGAGAACAAUCCAGAUUCCAGUGCUGAAGAAAAGUCAACAUCUCCUGAAAAACCAAAACAAGGGUUCCUUUUCGGGACAGAAUCAUUAUCAUCGUUAUCAUUCAGUGCUGCUGCAAAAAAKAAUCUUUUUGKUGACGUUUCCUCGACGGAGCCUUUUUCAUUCAAGGGSUUGAACGAGACCAGGCCAAACCAAGAGAACAAYGCARACGAUGAAGAUGAAAAAUAUCACAAUGUUUCUGGUGAUCACAUUCAUUUUGAUCCCAUAAUUCCACUGCCAGAUACGGUCGAAGUGGUCACUGGAGAAGAAAAUCAUGAAUUGUUGUUYAAAGAACGAGCAAAACUCUUCAGAUUUGACAAGGAUGCCAAGCAAUGGAAAGAGAGGGGUGUUGGUGAACUAAAGAUCUUGUCUAAGAACGGGCGUGCACGUAUCGUCAUGAGACGCGACCAGAUCCACAAGUUGUGUGCAAAUCAUGCAAUCACCUCUGAYAUGGUCUUGACCCCCAAUGGAAAUUCUGACCGUUCGUGGGUCUGGCAGACACUCGCGGACUUUUCAGAACAAGAACAAAAGGCAGAGCAGUUGGCUGUUCGGUUUAAAACACCAGAKAUAGCAAAUACUUUCAAGAAAACAUUUGAAAAAUGCACAGCUGAAGAAAUUCCGUCAAGUACUACAAAGGAAAAUGAUGAAAGUGCUGACAAGUCAUUGGCUGAACCACAAGCAGAAAAUAUAGAAGACGCUGCUUCAAUCAACUCUACGACAACUGAGAAUUCAGAGAUUGUCCUUGUGCCUAAKCCUGAAGAUGCAUCAGGUCUUCAACCUCAUUCUCCUUUGGAAGCACAAUCUAUUUCAAGUGAACAAAGCAGGACUAUGCAAAGAAGUGUCAGUUCUUCAAAAACUAUCACAAAACAAGGGGCCAGCCAAGUUACGACUUCUACUAUAAAAGUGGAGAAAACAGCUUCACAAACGUUUAAAGAAACAAAAGUUGAGGCACAAGGCACAAAAACAAAAGAAGAAGCAAAAACGUCUUUCGUUAUCCAAGAUGAAUCAAUUUCAUCGUCGUCUGGAAAUAUUAAGCCCUUACAGCUUACUACAACUCAAGGAUUAACAGGUUCYCCUCCUUCUAUCUUUACCCAGCAACUUUUAUCACAAAAGGGCCGUGGUGGGCUAGUUCCAUUUGGUCAAUCAGCCUUGCAACCUUCAUUUACGGUUCCUCAGUUCACAGGAUWUAGUGGCAACAAGAACUUCACCCAAGAAACAAUAUCURCUCAUCAAGCUGCAAGUAGUCACUCUGAGAUAACAACUAAGGAUCCCAAUGGACAAAUAGUGGAGGAGAGAACACUUGUACAAAAAGUCGAAUCCAGGAAAGUAGAAACAUCUCAGAGUGUAUCAUCUUCAACUGAAAAGUCUGAUGUAAAAUCUGACGAAUCUCAGAUUGCUUCCUGUUCUCCUGAACUAACAAAAUUGCUUCAAGAAUUUCAAGAUUCAGGCAAAGAGUGAAAGAACUAAUAAAACACAAUUCCAAGACCGGAAGAAACAAAGAACUCAAGCCAGUGAAACCAUUUCAUGCACAACUCUCAWAAAUUAUCCACAGAAAAAAAUAGCAUUUUUAACUUCAUCAUUGAAAGGAAAGCGUUUCAUAGCAGAGGUAAAGCCAAUAUGAGGCAURCAAACUGUUGUUAGGCAAAGAUAAGUGAAAAAACGUUUCAUAUAGCUUUAGUGCAUGCAUUUCAUGCGUUGUUUAUGUUUCCUCUAUUGUGUACGCAAGACAAUAUGUACCUUUUGAGUACUGUCRAAUGCCUCAUUCUGGCAGUAGCUUUGUAUUGUAUUAAGCAAAUUAUUAAAGCGUUGGUUAUGCUGGUUAGUCGAGGACCUAAUCUCAUUAUGCUUGGUAAUCUAAAAUGAAGUAUUCAUUAUUAUGAGAUAUCUGUCCAUUKUCUCCUUUAUAUCAUCUGCAGUGUAGUGAGAAGAAAAUGUUUUUGUAUAGAAAACAGAACACUUAGAUAUAUCUUCACAUAAAACUAUAAAUYAAGGCCAGGCACUAUUAUCUCGGAGUUAUUUAUUGAGAAAGAAGUAGAGCAUAGAUCUAACAUAGUUGUUGGUGUUGAUGUGAUAUGAAUGUYUUUGGUUUUGUUUCCCCAAAAUACUUCUCAGUAAGAAACAUGUUUGCAUAAUUGUAUGGCCAUCAGUYAGUUAAGUUAACAAGACAUUUCCAAGUCAUUACUGGACAAGAAAAAUAGCAARUCAAGCAGUUAUAUUUUUGCAAUAUUAAAAUUGUAUAUUUUUUAUAUUAGUAAAGUAUUUAAUAGCUGUAUUUUUCAAAUUGGCAUGUUUUCUAAAAAAAAUAUUAAAGCAAAAUAUUCAACUUGAACAUUUUGCAAUGAAAGGUUAGAAUGGUUGCAAAAAUAUAGCUGCCUACUAGAUACUUUAAUAAUUUUGAAAUAUUUUGUGUAAUAAAAUUGAUAAGGGUAAAAAUAGAUCUAUUGAUUGCUGUUCUUGUUUUCAUAAAUAAUAAAACAGUGGUUGAAUACUA